AUGGGAAAGGAUCCCACUCAAGCUUCUCGUCUGCGCGACGAUGGCAGAACUAGAGUUGCAAAAUUGCAAGGAAAGAUGCGUUCUCGACAUGAUCAGAAGACAUACGUUACAUGCAACAGAGGCGGCAAAAAAUGCGGCUGGCGUCGUCCAGCUGCGGAGCGGAGCUUGGCUAGGAUGCUUUGUGAGCAGGGCUGGACCGUCGCGCCCCCAGGUCUAGCCUCAGAACAGGACCCGCUUACGCCCUAUGACUUUGAGCCAGAUCCCCAAGGAGCAGCUUUCGUUAUUGAGUGGAAACUGGCAAAGAUACUAAAAGAUGCCGGUUGGAAAGUUGCACCACCAGGUAUGCAGAUCUCACCCACGGAUACGCUUAAGCACCACGGCACUCUGCCGAAUUAUCAACAAAACCAGUUUCCGACCCCUAAGGGAACCGCCGAACAUGACUCGACUCAAAUUAUAGAACGUCGUGAUGGGCCGCUCCAUGAGCCAAGUCUAACGGGCAUUCUGGGAGGAGCAUUGGCCCCAGAAAGCUCAAGCAGUUCCAAAGGUUUCUAUCGCUUCUCUACUCAACAGUUCAGACAACGAAGAAUCGAAGGACCAUAA